UAAAUUGGAAAAAAUCCUAUUUUCCAUGUUUCAUAUAGACAGUAGGCUGUUAAGAGUCAUAUAUAUGUAUAGCUUUCAAGGAUAUUCCUGUUUUUCCGAAUGCGAACUCAUUCUAUGCAACAAUAGCAAAUAAACCCUGAAAUAAACACAAUCAGUUCCCAUAACAAGAAAAAGUUCAAUAACGAUUGAAUGUGUGCGAACGGUUGCGAUUCUGCAUGAACAGUUUUUUUUUUAAUUUUUUUGCAAAAAUGAGUAUCGCAAUUCAACAGCAACACAUUGUCUGAUGAGCAGUACGAAGUUUGCCGGGUCUGCUAGCAAUAAAUAUGUUUUAACUAAUAUGAACCUCUGUAUUUUUAAAAACGUGCUUGCCAAAAGUUCCCCGUAUUCAGGCUACAGCGCGGCGGACAAGGGCGCAAAUUUUAGUGCUUGCGUACACGUAACUUUUGUCUUGAGCCGACCCUGUUUUUACCUACAUACUUCAUCAUUUUUGCGUAAAUUUGAAAACACCACAAUCGCCAGUUGUCUCUCUCUCCAUUCGCUAUUCGAUGACUUCACCAAAAAAUGAGGAUGCAGUAACUCACUAGAUUAGUGGAUGCUUUUUUUGGAAGUGUGGAUCGUGUUUUUGCAUAACUUCUAAUAAACAAUUUGACCUUCAACAUGCACUAGCUUCUUAUUCGCGAAUCAUUAAGUAUUAUUCUUUUUUGUGCAUUGCAACCUCCCUUUUUCACGCAAUGUAUUGAAUUAUGUUGAUAUCCAGACUGACCAUGUUUCGAUGCUAACCAAUUGGCAAUUAACUCCAGAGUUACGAUCCCUGGCAGUGACCAAAAUAAAUGAAGUUACAAGUCGCAUUCCUGAAGAUGUUGCACAUAUACAAAAAUGGCUUACUCAACAAUCUCAUUUAAACGCAAGAACAGACGAUCAAUGGAUAUUAAAUUUCUUGCGAGGAUGUAAAUUUAGUUUGGACCGAACCAAAGAAAAGUUGGACAAUUUUUAUACGGUUAGAAGUGCGUUACCAGAGUUUUUCGGCAAAAGAGACCCCCUCUCGCCAGAAAUUCAACACAUUCUUAAAUUAGGACUCUUUUUGCCGAUAGACACCAAAGUCGGACCGAAAAUAUUUCUAGUGAGAACCGCCAACAUUGACCCGACGCACGUAUCGCUAAUAGAUAUUACAAAAGUAUGCUUAAUGAUAACUGAUAUUAUUUUAAAUGAAGACGACUAUUGCGUUAUUCAAGGUCAACGUUUUCUCGUUGACUUCAGUGCAUUUAACAAAAAUCAAUUAUUACGAGUUACACCAACCCUCUGUCAGAAAGCGAUUUUGUGCUUGAAAGAUGUGUACCCCUGUCGCCUCAAAGGAUUCUAUAUCAUCAACAUGCAUCCGAUUUUUGAAAGUAUUAUAAACGUAGGAAAGGUCAUCAUGGGAAAGAAGCUUGGCAGUAGGGUGGUAGCAUAUUCUAAAGAUAACGCGCAGUCUUUGUAUGACAAUAUUCCAAAAUCCGCUUUACCUGCAGACUACGGCGGAGAGGGUGAGACAAUUGAGGCAUUAACAGUGAAAUGGAAAACUAAGGUGGAAAGCUAUAGAGACAUGUUUUUGGAAGAUGCUAAAUAUGGUUGUGACGAAAGGAAACGGAUUAGGAAGUCGGUCUUAUCCGAACAUUUCGGAAUUGAAGGCUCGUUUAGAAAAUUAGAUAUUGACUAAACUAUAUAGAAAUAUAUACAAAAUAUAUGCACUUUACGGGUU